AUGCCCAACCCCGUGCAAGUCGCAACCAAGCGCAUCAAGCUCCCCGUCGAGGGCGAGAACGGCUACGCGGGCUUCCAGCCAGGCAAGACGGAGGUCCUCAAAGCCGGCGCGAACCCCUUCGACGCAAAGCCCGUCACCAGCGACAUCCGCAUCGACCACGACGUCGAGAUCAAGGUGCGCGAUGGCGCCCGCCUGUACAUCGACGUCUACCGCCCGGCCGACUCGACCGAGAAGGUCCCCGCCGUGCUGAGCUGGUCGUUCUACGGCAAGAAAUACAGCGCCCUGGACAUGCUGCCCAUGUGCGUGUGGAACUGCUGCGUUCCUCGCUCUGACCUGAGCGGCCUGGAGAAGUUCGAGGGUCUGGAUCCCGCGCACUGGUGUCCCAAGGGCUACGCCAUUGUCAGCGUCGACACGCGCGGCGCGGGCAACAGCGACGGCCAGAUCUGCGUCAUGGGCAGCCAGGAUGCUGAAGACGGCUACGAUGUUGUCGAAGCCGUGGCCGCUAUGGACUGGUGCAACGGCUCCGUUGGCAUGGCGGGCAACUCAGCUCUAGCCAUUGCCCAGUGGUUCAUCGCCGCCCAGCAGCCUCCCUCCCUCAAGGCCAUCGCCCCCUGGGAGGGCAUGUCGGACAUGUACCGCGAGCAGUUCUGCCGCGGCGGCUGGUUCUCGAUGAGCAACUUCGACCUCAUCGCCGACGCCAUCGUGCGCGGCCAGCCCAACGCCGGCCUCGAGGACUUCGACAGCAUGUACCGGCGCUCGCCCACGCAGAACGCCUACUGGAAGGACAAGCGCGUCGACAUGACCAAGAUCCGCUGCCCGGCCUACAUCCGCGGCUCCGACGUGAGCAGCAUCCACACCAUGGGCAGCGUGCGCGGCUGGAUGGAGAUUCCCCACGACAACAAGUGGAUUCACUGGGGCAGCAAGCAGGAGUGGUAUGAGCUGUACAGCAUCCCCGAGUCCAUGGACGAGCUCGGUGUUUUCUUCGACCGGUAUCUGAAGGAUAUUGACAACGGCUGGGAGAAGAACACGCCCAAGGUUCGAUGGUCUGCUCUACAGUUUGGCGAUCGUGAGGCCAUCGACGACAUUGUUCUCGAAGACUUUCCCGUCCCGAACACCGAAUACCGCGAGCUCUUUCUGAACCCCGACAACAAGCUCCAGCCCACCCGCAAUGCCGCCCUCAGCACCGUCACGCACAACUCCGAGGACUUCAAGAGCUUCUCCGAGUUUACAUAUACCUUCGCCGAGCCCGCUCGCCUGAUCGGCUUGCCCAAGGCCACUCUGUACAUGUCCUGCGACGCUCAGGAUGACUUUACCGUCUUUGUCAUCCUGCGAAAGAAGGACAAGGACGGCAAGGACCUGAUGCACUUGAACUUCCCGUUCAAGGCUACCCCGAUCAAGUCCAUCGCUGAGAUUGCGACCAAGGACCAGGCCAGCUUGAACCUUCACCUCGGCUCGAUUGGCAUCCUGCGCGCAUCCCAGCGAGCAGUCGACGAGUCUCGAAGCAUCCAUCCCCAGUUCCCCUUCCAUCCCCACGCCAAACAAGACAAGAUUAAGCCCGGAAACAUUGUCAAACUUGAGAUUGGCAUUUGGGCUAUGGGUGUUGACUUUGACGCGGGCGAGAGUAUCAGCAUUAGAAUUGGUGGCCAAUUCCCAGGCAUCGCCGAGUACAGCUCAUUCUCCGGACCAAGACCCGAGGAGGAGCAAAACCGCGGCCAACAUACUAUCCACUUUGGUGCUGAAUAUCCCAGCUCCGUUAUUCUACCCUUCACCCCUCGGUAA